AUUUAACAUUCUGCAAAAACUAUGUAAGUUAUAUUCUAAUCAACUUAGGGCACCCAAACAUUAGUAAGUUAUUCAUCUAACACCAUUAGUGCAUUCUUGAGUAACAUAUCCAUGUGUCUCUACAUUUGUUGUUGGAUGUCUCAAUAUUGUUAUUAAGUUCAAUAAAUCAAUGAAAACAGCGAGGAAUUUAAAUUCGAUGAUUACUCUACCUAUCUUGCACUAACAAUAAGCGGAGGGUCUCUAUUCAUACUAUCCUUUUUCCUUGGAUUGUUCAGAACCUGCAAAGAGAACACAGGAGUAUUUUGGGCAUAACUAUGUUGUCUUGUUUUCGGAUAAACUCUCAUUACUAUUGGUAUGGGUUUCGGUUAGUCUUCAGAAGAUGUGGUAGUAAAUAAGAUAUAUUCUUUUAGUAUGGAAAAAUUGAUUUUACUUUUAAUUACCCUGUGGCCGAAUUUGUUGCUAUAUGUGGAAUCUUCGUACAAGCAUUGCAAAACUGUUAUGAACAUAGUUUGAGUCCAGAAUCUAAAUGAUUAAUCAUAUUUAUUCAAUAUUUAUUCAUAUUUUCA